AUGGAAGUCCGCUACAGUCAAGAAUCGGAGUCCGGAAUGCUGCUGAAGAAUGGACUAAAAGAUGGGAAAGACGGAAAAGAUUCCCAGGGGAACAUUUCCAAAACGUUCCUGAAAGACCAGCAGGAGUCCUUCUCACCAUCCGGACAGGUGGAAAACUGCGAAAAGAGCCGAACAAGCUCGGGGGAUCCUGAUUACUGCCGGAGGAUUUUGGUUCGAGAUGCCAAAGGUUCGAUCCGAGAAAUUAUUCUGCCGAAGGGUUUGGAUCUUGAUCGCCCAAAACGUACUAGAACCUCUUUCACAGCAGAGCAGCUAUACAGACUGGAGAUGGAGUUUCAACGGUGCCAGUAUGUUGUGGGGCGAGAAAGAACUGAACUAGCCCGACAACUUAACCUGUCUGAAACUCAGGUGAAAGUGUGGUUCCAGAAUCGCCGUACCAAACAGAAAAAGGAUCAGGGUAAAGACUCAGAGCUGCGCUCCGUGGUUUCCGAGACGGCCGCCACCUGCAGCGUCCUGCGUCUCCUGGAGCAGGGACGCCUCCUCACACCCCCAGGCCUGCCAGGGUUGCUGCCCCACUGCGGGAGCUCCUCGCUGGGCUCUGCACUGCGUGGGCCAUCCCUGGGCAUGACCGCUAACGGAGGUUCCUCCAGCAGCAGUAGCAGCAGCGCGGCCAGCUCGGGCACAGCCGGCGGGAGCCCCCCGCUGCCAACCGUGACCAGCUCAGGGACAGUCACAGGGCUGCAGGGAUCUCCGUCUGCCCACGGGCUGUUCAGCUUUCCAAUGCCCUCUCUGCUGGGGUCGGUCGCGUCACGCAUCUCCUCCACCCCACUGGGCAUGGCCGGGUCCCUUGCUGGGAACUUGCAGGAACUUUCUGCACGUUAUCUGAGCUCCUCCGCUUUUGAACCUUACUCGCGGACCAAUGGCAAAGAAGUGCUGGACAAGAAAGUUUUGGAAUGAUCACCGUAGGCUCUCUCUUUG